UUUUGUUGGUGGUACAGUCAUUCCAGCAAUAUGGAACUAGCGACUUUUAACAAGACUAGGAACAAUAACCUUUGACCCGUUUCCCCUGAAGAGAGUUUUGGAAACCCGUUAUCGGUCUCUUUCGUACACAUUUUCUGCAACCAGGAUGACUGAGAAUUGGGACGAGGUUGCAGUAAUUGCUGAGGCCGAGGUGCCUGAGGUGCACCUGUUUGGGCGCUGGAGCUGUGACGAGGUCUCAGUCAGCGACAUCAGCUUGACCGAUUACAUCGCCGUCAAGGAGAAGUAUGCCAAGUACCUCCCCCACAGUGCCCAGCGCUACCAGGUCAAGCGUUUCCGCAAGGCCCAGUGCCCCGUUGUGGAACGCCUGACCAGCUCCAUGAUGAUGCACGGCCGGAACAACGGCAAGAAGCUGCUGACCAUGCGCAUCGUCAAGCACGCCUUUGAGAUCAUCCAUCUGCUGACUGGCGAGAACCCCCUGCAGGUACUUGUCAAUGCCAUCAUUAACAGCGGCCCUCGCGAGGACUCCACCCGUAUUGGUCGCGCUGGUACAGUCAGACGUCAGGCCGUGGACGUGUCUCCACUCAGGAGAGUCAACCAGGCAAUCUGGCUGCUGUGUACAGGGGCUCGGGAGGCAGCCUUCAGGAACAUCAAGACCAUCGCGGAGUGUCUGGCUGAUGAACUCAUCAACGCCGCCAAGGGUUCCUCCAACUCCUACGCCAUCAAGAAGAAGGACGAACUGGAACGUGUCGCCAAGUCCAACCGUUAAGAUGCACCGACAACUUCAGCUAGGAACCCGCGCCCUGGCUGCUUGCUAAUGUUAAUUCAAAUAACACCACAUCCAAGCUACCACAUACGUUGUCGAUAAACCCUCAAUGGAAAUUUUAAAAAUAUCAUAAUUGGUCCUGCAUGUUUGUUGAUUGAAACAAGUGUUUUUUUCCUGAUCUCAGGCUUCACAAACGAUGUCCCACAUUUAAAGCGUUAUGAACAUCUUGGUUGCACAGUUUACCAAAUGGCAGGGGGAAAAAAGAAGAAAAAAGAAGUGGAUGAAUAAAUAUGUUACACAUUGAGAAAAUGUGGAAAUCUU